GUGGUAUGACGACACUCUGUGUGGUGUAUCCGUGUGCCCUAGCCACAGUGACUGUCAUUAAUUAAACGAUUAAAGCCUAGUUAGUUACAUGUAUUGGAUGUCAGUGCAAAACCUCUUUUCCCAUCACCCCAGUAUUCCACUGAGAUGUACUUCGUUGGUUUUGUGAACAUGCUAAAAUAAAUAAAUAAAUAAAUAAAUAAAUAAAUAAAUAAAACAGACCCCCAGAUCGUUGUAAAUUAAACGUAAAAAUCAUUGAAAGUUUCACUGAUUUGAAAAUAUGAUUAAAAAUCUGACAUAUACAGGUGACGUCUAAACAAUAACACUCCUUCCUUUUUAUUUUUAAGCUCCAUAACUGUGCUUAUAACAGUGAAUUAUAGUUACGUGUAAAACAGUAUAUUUGCAUCUAAUCUGCAUUUGCUAAUGAAUCUUAUGUGUUGUCCUGUUACCAUGGUGACACUCUAGGAGCUUCUUCAGGCAGCACUGACCUUCUGCCCGCCCCCAGUGCUGCUUUUAAUUGGACGAUGUCACUGCUGACUGAUGGCGGGCGCGACAAUGAGCUCAUAUUCCGAUUUGAUGGACGACAAGCGGCAAAGAUUCCUGACUGGGUGGCACCACAGAACUUGACGGAUCAAUUCACCAUAGCGACAUGGAUGAAGCACGGGCCGAGCCCUGGACUGAGAGGGGAGAAAGAGACGCUGCUCUGUAACUCAGAUAAAACCGAGAUGAACAGACAUCAUUACUCUCUGUAUGUGCACAACUGCAGACUGGUUUUCCUAUUGAGGAGGGAUUAUACCCAGAGCUCCUCGUUCAGACCGGCCGAGUUUCACUGGAAACUGGAACAGAUCUGUGAUAAGGAGUGGCAUUACUAUGUCAUUAACGUCGAGUUUCCUGUGGUGACGCUGUAUGUGGAUGGCGUGACCUACGACCCAUAUCUGGUGACGGAUGACUGGCCAAUCCACUCAUCUCAGAUCGAUGUACAGCUCACUGUUGGAGCCUGCUGGCAAGGAGGUGAGGUUUCUAAAGCCAGGUUCACGCAGUAUUUCCGUGGAAGUCUCUCAGGUCUGACGGUGAGGCCAGGAAAGAUCGAGAGUCAGAAAGUGAUUUCCUGCCUGCAAGCCUGCAAAGAGGGACUGGACAUCACGUCUCUGGAGAGCAUGGACAAGGGCUUAAAGUUCCACUUUAACCCGGCGCAGUCGGUGCUGGUGAUAGAGGGUGAAGAUCUGGAGCAGGUCAACGCAGCACUGAGGAAAGUCUCCUACAUCAACUCGCGCCAGUUCCCCACGGCCGGAGCGCGCCACAUCCACAUCUCCACCACAGUACAGUGUUUCGGAGAGGACGUGUGCAUCUUUGUUCCUGAUAUCGACGCAGUCGUCAUGGUAAUGCAACCAAGUGAACCACGAAUCACAAUAACAGGGGCAGAGCAUCUCAGCAUCCCCGCCUCUGACAUUGUCCUUGGCCUGUCAUUGUUCAGGGAUUUGCAUAUCAGCAGCACCGUCAUGAAGAGCGAUCAAACCUCACAUAACACAGGUACCGAUCAAAACCAUAGCUCCCCAGGCUUCCACAUCCUGCACUGGGAGGAGUUAAGGGAGGGGUUAGAGACCCUGCAGCUGCCUCACAGCGCACUAUUGGGCAAGCACUUGGACUAUACUAACUCGACAUCCGGCAUGUCCAUUUAUGGUGUGGACUCCAUGGUUCACUAUGCGCAGGUCAUAAGACAGGUGCGGUACCAGAACCUGCAGAACGAUGUGUCAGCGAGAACUUUCAGAGUGACCUGCUCCGAACUCAACGGACGAUACACCAGCAACCCAUUUACACAGCAGAUUAAUAUACUUCACCGAGAACAUCCUGUCAAGCAUGUCAGUCAUGUAAUGGCUCAACCUAAAUCCAUGCAACUUAGUCAUCAUCCAGUCACAGCCUUCGACAGCGAGAGCUCUGAUGUGUCCAGUGUAGUGACUGUGGUGUGUGUUGCUGUUCUGAUGCUGGUAGUAGUCUCAGUUAUCUACCAGCUUUACCUCAAAUACGUCCAGGAGGUCCCGGAUGCACAGACACAAUUAAAGGAAGAGAAGGACUUGGAUAUCUCAGCCCUAACCAUUACUGUGAACCCAUUGGAGAGCUUUGAGGAGCUGCAGCCAGCAGAAGAAUUAACCGAAGAAGAAGUGGAGGAUGAGGAGGAGGAUGACGAUGAUGACGACAUCACUUGCAGUGAAUCAGACAGUGAUGAAGAAGAAGCUCCGAUUCCCAGCAUGCAACCACAGCCAAAAAUGCUGAGCAAGCUACACUGGCCAAAUGCAUCAUUGCACUGCUGAGAACACCUUCACACACAUCACACACACACACACACACACACACACACACUUUGCAGGAUGCCUUCAUGCAGAAACAGGAAUAAUAGAGAUCCACUAAGAAUAAUUUUCCAAGACUAUAACACCGUCGCUAGAGCAGACUCCUGAUUGGCUGUGAUGUAGGAAACUGUGAAGGGGGAUACCGAGCAUUAUUUUAGAUGGUUUCAUAAGUUUCAAUAUGCACUAUAUGCCCCAAAGUACUGUAUGUGAUCACCUGAUCAUCACACCCUUAUGUGGUUCUUCCCCAAACUGUUGCCACAAAGUUGAAAGCACACAACUGUAUAAAAUGUUUUUGUAUGCUGUAGCAUUAAGUUUUCCCUUCACUGGAACUAAGAAGCCCAAACCUGUUCCAGCAUGACAAUGCCC